AUGGGGAGCACGGAGAAAUAUGAGCUGAUCAAGGACCUGGGUUCGGGGAAUUUCGGCGUGGCGAGGCUCAUGCGGAACAAGAAAACGGGCGAGCUGGUGGCGGUGAAGUUCAUUGAGCGGGGGGACAAGAUUGACAAGAAUGUGGAGCGCGAAAUCGUCAACCACCGCAUGCUGCGGCACCCAAACAUCAUUGGGUUCAAGGAGGUCUUCUUGACGCCCACAAACCUGGGAAUUGUGAUGGAAUACGCUGCUGGAGGGGAGCUGUUCGAUCGCAUCGUCAGGGCAGGAAGAUUCAGCGAGGAUGAGGCAAGGUACUUCUUUCAGCAGGUCAUCUGUGGGGUGGACUUCUGCCAUCGCUCGGGUGUAUGUCACCGUGACCUGAAACUGGAGAAUACUCUCCUGGAUGGAUCGCCACAACCCAAGCUGAAGAUCUGUGACUUUGGGUAUUCAAAGUCAACCGUCUUCGAUUCCGUUCCCAAAUCCACAGUUGGGACACCAGCCUAUAUUGCACCGGAGGUCCUCAAGCGCACUCAAUACGAUGGGCAGAUCGCCGAUGUGUGGUCAUGCGGAGUGACGCUGUACGUCAUGCUUGUUGGUGCCUAUCCCUUCGAGGACCCUCAGGAUCCUCGCAACUUCCGAAAGACCAUUCAGCGCAUUAUGGGUGUGAGGUACAGCUUCCCGACAUCGAUGAGGAUAUCUGUAGACUGCAUGAACUUGAUUCAGAGGAUCUUUGUUGCUGACCCUGGGAGGAGAAUCAGGAUCCCUGAGAUCAAGAAGCACCCUUGGUAUGUCAAGAACCUUCCAGAGGACCUGAAGGAGGACGUCGCUCGGACGUCCCCCCAGCCUGAGCCGCACCAGAGUGUGGAAGACAUUCAGCGCAUCGUCAGUGAGGCCCGUGUGAAGGCGACCACGACGGCCCCCAAGAACGACCUGGAACAGGAGCUGCUGGAUGAGAUGAACGAGGAUGCUUACAACAUCUGA